AAAGAAGCAGAAAGGAAAGGAAGGAAGGAAGCAGAAGCAGAAGCGAAGCAGACAGAACCAUCGCCCAUCGUCUAAUUCCUGCAUCCAAUCAAUCAUCUUCUGUUGUGCGAAAGCCCCCAUCAGCAGGUCAAAUCCUUCUUCUUCCUUCAACUCACAAUCCCCAGAAUUUCAAAUUCUAAAGCUCGAGCAUUUUUCCCCUCGGUCUUUCAGAUCAAUAACCCUUCUCCUCGCUCUUCGCUUCCUUUUCUCUUACAACAGCUGCAAGCCCUUUCAAUUAUCGAUCUUGCCUCCAAAUUCUCCAGUUUUACAGGCUCUAAAAUCUGAGAUAUUGAUAUGCAUAGCAUCGCGAAGAAAGUAGCAGACCAGGCAUCUAAGAAACCUACUCUCUCCAAGUCAGAAUUUGGAUCCUUGUUAAUUGCAUCAUUGAAGUCAAGACGUGGUAGCAGGGUGGCCCUCAGUAAGAAACAAAUAUCAAAGAAAGUUACUCGUCCUCCAAGUAAGGUGACCAGGAAAGGUGUUAGGUCUAGAAAGUUGGUUCGGGGUAAAAGUGCACGCAAACCACUUCAUAAAAGGUCCGGGAAGAAGUCAGAACCGUCUACUGCUAUCUGUCCUGAGUUGAAUGACAAGAAUCCUAAGGAGGAGACUGCCAAGAGAAAAUUUAAAAGGAGAAGGAUAGGUGGAAGGCGAAGGAAUAAUGUAGAGCUAGAUGAACCAUCACGGUUGCAGAGGAGAACAAGAUACUUGAUGAUUAAAAUGAAGAUGGAGCAGAACCUUAUAGAUGCUUACUCUGGUGAAGGAUGGAAAGGCCAAAGUCGUGAGAAGAUCAGGCCAGAGAAGGAACUACUAAGAGCAAAAAAACAGAUUUUGAAGUGCAAACUUGGAAUACGGGAUGCAAUCCACCAACUUGAUUUGCUUAGUGCAGUUGGAUGUAUUGAAGACUCAGUUAUGGCCCCAGAUGGAUCAGUAUCCCAUGAACAUAUCUUCUGUGCAAAGUGCAAAUCAAAUGACGUGGUCCCGGAUAACGACAUUAUACUCUGUGAUGGGACAUGCAAUUGUGCCUUCCAUCAAAUGUGCCUUGAACCUCCACUUCACACCGAAAACAGUAAUCUAUCCAUUGUCGUAUACUUACCCCCUGGAGACCAAGGAUGGUUCUGCAAGUUCUGCGAAUGUAGAAUGGAAAUCAUGGACUCAAUGAAUGCACACCUUGGAACCCAAUACUCAACGAGUUGCGAAUGGCAGGAUCUUUUCGAGGAAGAGGCCGCAGCUCCUGAUGGUGGGAACAUUUUAAUUCUUGAAGAGGAAUGGCCCUCGGAUGACACUGAGGAUGAAAAUUAUGAUCCAGAAAGGAGGGAAAAUAGCAUGAAUGGUGCAGGAACGGAUAAUGAUGAGUCGGAUAUUGCUAGCAGCUCCACUAGCUUGGGUUGGUCUUCAGAUGAUGAAGCUGUUUCUGGAUCCAGAAGAUGGGAUGUGGAGGGAAAAGAAUUCAGAAACCAGUCAAUAUAUAGUAGCUUAGAUUCUGAUGAAUCUAGUGAUGUUGAAAUCAUGAGCGGCCGCAGAAAGCGCAGAGCAGUUGAUUAUCGGAAAUUGUAUGACGAAAUGUUUGGAAAAGAUGCUCCUGUAGCUGACCAACUCAGUGAAGAUGAAGACUGGGGUCCUAGCAAGAGGAAAAAGAAGGAAAAGGAGUCAGAUGCUGCAAGCACGCUUAUGACUCUCUACAAACGUAAAAAACAAGCAAAAAAGGAUGAGACUUUGGAAGGAAAAAAGGACCUUCCUAAAGAAUCUCGAGUUCGAAGGGCACUAUCGAGAAUUCCACCUAGUGCAGUUGAGGUACCAACAUUCCAUCCCUUGUUGCCUUUUUCCCCGGUUCUGAUUCUUAGUUUUGCUGAAAUGUCAUGUCAACAUUUUGCACUCUGGCAGAAAUUAAGGCGGGUUUUUGAGGAAAAUGAACUUCCCUGUGGAACAGUUAAACAUAAGCUUUCAGAAGAGCUAGGUCUUGAACCUGGAAAGGUCAGCAAAUGGUUCAAGAACGCAAGGUACCUGGCAUUGAGAUCCAGAAAGUGCAGUGAUUUCAACCCUAAGCUGUCUGGUGAAGCAACAGAAAACGAAAAUAAGAGUGGAGGCGCUGAAGUUUCAGAUGCCGUAACUGAAGUCGGGGUACAGACAAAAAGGACUUCAAAAGAUGUAUUCGCAAAGAAGAAGCUAAGAUCUAAUUGCGGGCUGAAGGAAAAUGAUCCAAAAGAAGUUUCCCUUGAAUCACAGGCAGGAAAUAGUGAGAUGGAAGCCCAAAAGGGUGAUGAUCCGAGCUUGAAGACUCUGCUAGAAGAAAAAUCAAGUGCAGGGAAGAAGCAUUCCUACUCAAAAUAUUCGGAGUCCCCGUCUCAUCAACUUGCCGAGAGUGAGAUGGAUAGACUUUGUAGAGCCAAAGACACCCUAGAGAACAUGAGGCAGUUUCUGGGGAGUCUACCAAUAAGCAAACGUAGGAGGUCCAAGGCGCUUGUUCUUCGAGAGAGGGUGGUUUAUGUGCCUACUGCUGAGCUAAAGGAGAAGAUUACGACAGUUGGAUAAACCUCAGUUAAGCCUUUCAGAGAGCACCUUUUUCUCUAUAUGCAUCUAGGCAUCGAAGGUUUUAAUUGAAAAAUUGACAAAGUUUAGCAAAUUAUCAGCGAGUAUAGCAGUUUGAGAUGAGCUACUAACCACUUGUACAUUUUAUUUACCUAGCAUUCCGUCUUUUAGGAUAUUUUUUAACUCAUCAAAUAUGAAAUACAUUGUCAACCCUUUUUCUAAAGCUGUGUAACUCUUAUGUUCUAUAUAUAACGAAGUGCAAGUUAUUGCAAUAAACAGAUAAUUUACACUCAAACUUUCA